AUGUCGUCCCAAGCCCCUCACUCCACCCUGUUGAUUCCAGGACCCAUCGAGUUCGAUGAUGCUGUCCUUCAGUCCAUGUCCCACUAUGCUGAAAGCCAUGUCAGCCCCGCCUUCGUCAAGGUCUUUGGAGAGACCCUGACCCUGGUUCGGAAACUCUUCCAGUCCACCAACCCCUCCGCACAGCCCUUCGUCAUCUCCGGCAGUGGCACACUCGGCUGGGAUGUUGUGGCUUCGAACUUGAUCGAGAAGGAUGAAAAUGCGCUCGUCCUGCACACCGGAUACUUUGCCGAUUCCUUCGCUGCCUGCUUGGAGACAUACGGCGCUCAAGCAACACAGCUCAAGGCACCUAUUGGCGACCGUCCGUCCUUUGAGCAGAUCGAGCAAGCAUUGAAGGAAAAGCCCUACAAGAUAAUCACCAUUACCCACGUUGAUACCUCGACCGGCGUGCUGAGCGACAUCAAGCGCGUCACGGAGAUUGUCCGCCGGGUCAGCCCCGACACCCUGGUGGUUGUUGACGGGGUUUGCAGUGUCGGAUGCGAGGAUAUUGCCUUUGAUGAGUGGGACUUGGAUGUAGUCCUGACCGCCAGUCAGAAGGCCAUCGGCUGCCCUCCCGGUCUCAGUAUCUUGAUGCUCUCCGGCCGGGCCAUCGACCGGUUCAGGUCCCGCAAGACCCCUCCCUCAUCGUACUUUGCCUCGAUCGCCAACUGGAUGCCAAUCAUGCAAAACUACGAGAACAACAAGCCCUCCUACUUCGCCACACCCCCCACUCAGCUCGUCCACGCUUUGCACACUUCUCUGUCUCAGAUCACUGCACGCCCCAUGGCCGAGCGCUUUGCUAUCCACGCCCAGACCUCGGACCGCGUCAAGGCUGCCGUUGCCGAGCUCGGUCUGCGCCAAUUGGCCUCCCAGCCGGAGAGCCAGGCUCACGCCAUGACGGCCAUCUACCUGCCCGACGGCCUGACUCCUCCAGAUGUGCUUCCGGGUCUGUUGAAGCGCGGUGUCAUCUUCGCAGCCGGCCUGCACAAGGAGAUUGCCACCCGGUACAUCCGAUUCGGACACAUGGGUGUGAGUGUGACAGACCCCGCACGCAACGAUAUUGACAAGGCCAUCGCGGCGCUCAAGGAAGCCCUCACAGAGGCUAAGCAGGCCAAGGGCUUGUGA